AUGGCCGCAGUCUCCGCGUGCCUCCACCUCCUCCUCCUCCUCCUCGGCGUCCUUCUCGUGCCGUCCCGCACCGCCGCUCAGCCCCGCGCUUUCGGAGGCGCGCCGCCGGUGUACGCGCGGUACCUGGUCGACGCGGCGGCGAUGCCGGCGGUGGAGCUGUACGACUACAUUGUGGUGGGCGGCGGCACGGCGGGGUGCCCGCUAGCGGCGACGCUUGCGGGGUCCGGCGGCGGACGCGUGCUCCUGCUCGAGCGCGGCGGCGCGCCCAGCGAGUUCCCGGCUCUCGCCACGGCCGGCGGGUUCGUCCGGACGCUCGCCAUGGCCGACCCGGCCCCGGAGUCCGACGCGCCCGCGCAGGGGUUCACGUCCGAGGACGGCGUCCCCAACGUGCGUGCGCGCGUGCUCGGCGGCGGCACGGCCAUCAACGCCGGGUUCUACUCCCGCGCGCACCCCGAAUGGUUCCGCAGCCACGCCGAGGACGCCGAGGUGACGAACUGGGACAUGCGGCUGGUGAACGCGUCGUACGAGUGGGUGGAGAGGCACAUGACGUUCCAGCCGACGGUGCGCGGGUUCCAGGCGGCGGUGAGGGCGGCGCUGCUGGAAGCCAAUGUCACGCCGUGGAACGGCUUCACGGUGGACCACGUCACCGGCACCAAGGUCGGCGCCACCACCUUCGAUGCUUCGGGCCGGCGGCACAGCGCGGCGGACCUGCUUGCCUUUGCUCGUCCCAGCCGUCUCCGUGUUGCAAUCCGUGCUACGGUUACCCGUAUCAUCACCAACCCGAUUGACCCUGCUGCACGCCAUGGAAGGUCUCCACAACCAACAAUAGCAGCAAUUGGUGUUGUGUACCAGGACCGUCUCCUCGAUCAGCACCAAGCUCUCCUGCGUCCAGGUGGGGAGGUUAUACUUUCAGCAGGUGCCCUGGGGAGUCCCCAGUUGCUUCUUCUCAGUGGCAUUGGCACUGCUAGUGAUCUUUCCUACCUCGGCAUCCCUGUCUCUGCCGAUAUCCCUGACGUCGGCAAGCACAUGUUCGACAACCCUCGCAACGGCAUCUCCAUCAUCCCAUCAGUCCCGAUCGAUCACUCCCUCAUCCAGGUCGUCGGCAUCCCUUCAGCUAAUGGAACCGCCUCCUACCUUGAGGCGGCAUCAUACAUUGUCCCGCUUGCUCCGGUGUUGAGAUCAGCUGGUCCUUUCAUUGGCUCGUCUUCACCACUCUAUGUUACCGUGGCAACCAUCAUGGAAAAGGUUCCUGGCCCAUUAUCUGAAGGUUCACUAUGGCUUUCAUCAACAAAUCCUUUGGAGAGCCCCCCUCUGCGGUUCAACUACUUGAGUCGCCCUGAGGACUUGGCGCGAUGCGUCCUGGGCGUGCGCCGUGUGGCGGAAGUGCUUGAAGGCAGAGCACUGGACGGAUUCCGCUCACCGGUUGGAUCGGUGAACAGGAGAGGGGCAGUUAGGAGGGAUUUCAGGAUUGUUGGGAUGGCGCUGCCAGUAGAAUGGAGAACAGAUGAUAGAGCUCUAGCAGAGUACUGCCAGCAGACCGUGGCAACGCUAUGGCAUUAUCAUGGAGGGUGCAUCGCCGGGAAGGUGGUCGAUAGAGAUUUCCGGGUAAUUGGCACCCGUGCACUUCGUGUGGUUGAUGCUUCAACGUUCAGUCAGACACCUGGGACGAAUCCUCAAGCUACAGUCUUGAUGAUGGGCAGGUAUGUGGGGUUGAAGAUGAUUGAGGAGAGACACAGCAGAAGGCCAGUUAUAACAUCAUAGCCCUCAUCCAAGGCCUGAAAGAUUGACCCUGCAGCCAGG